GUGAAAAUAGACGAAUUUUUUGAAAUUUUAAAAUAUUAAAUAAUUAUCAAAUUAAGCAUAAAUACAUGCUGUAAAGACAUUUAAAGGCACUAUUAGUGAUUGAUAAUUGCACAAGGAAUUCGGAUUUAGUGACAUCACUGUGAUUUUUGGGACGAUCCAAUGAGAAAAACUUGAAAGAGUUGCUACAAACUCUCUUUGCAUUUCAUUUUAAAUUUAUAAGCGGAAUCGUUCAAAUAGUAUUGUUAUAAUCGCUCGCAACAUAUUAAUUUCGGCAUUAUACAGUAGAAGAUAGUUAAAUUAAGUGAUAAAGUAUAAAGUUUGGAGUAAAUUAAUCGAAAUAAAAUUCACAUUUCGGCUUCACACAAAUACACAAGAAAAAAAAAAGGAAUAGAAAGAAAAGAAUAAGAAACGAUUCAUCCAAACCAGAGUUUUUUUGUAUGUUCUGAGUCUUUCUUACAUUUCUUGACUUGACUUAAGUGAAGUGGGAUUUCUUUUUCUUUGAGCAAGCAACAGUUCAGAGAAUAUAGACGAGAAAAAAAUAAAUAAAAUAACAUAACAUAAAGAAAAGAGUCGCUUUAAAGCAGAAUUAAAAUAACUUAUAAUAAAUACAGAUUGUGAAACACAAAAGUAAUCGAAAAUGUCUGAGGAUUUAAAUCGUAAUGACCCGGAGUUAAAGUGCUUAAGUGUGGAAAGAAGUAACUUCAAUGAUCCAGCGACACAAGCAGAAUGGACGCAAAAACGUCUAGUUUGGGUUCCUUCCGAUACGCAGGGAUUUGUUGCAGCCAGCAUCAAAGGUGAACGUGGAGAUGAGGUGGAAGUUGAGCUUUCCGAAACAGGCAAGCGCCAUAUGGUCCUUAAAGAUGACAUACAAAAAAUGAAUCCGCCAAAAUUUGACAAAGUAGAAGAUAUGGCCGAAUUAACGUGCCUCAAUGAAGCUUCUGUUUUACACAACAUCAAAGAUCGAUAUUAUUCGGGAUUGAUUUAUACUUAUUCAGGACUUUUCUGUGUCGUCGUCAAUCCAUACAAAAAGCUUCCCAUUUACACCGAGAAAAUUAUGGAGAAAUAUAAGGGAAUAAAAAGACAUGAAGUUCCACCACAUGUUUUUGCCAUAACUGAUACAGCCUAUCGAUCUAUGCUUCAAGAUCGCGAAGAUCAAUCUAUAUUGUGUACUGGUGAGUCGGGUGCCGGCAAAACAGAAAAUACAAAGAAAGUCAUACAGUAUUUGGCAUAUGUUGCUGCAUCGAAGCCCAAAACUUCCAUUUCUGGCCCAAGUCCAGCAUUGAUAAUUGGUGAGUUGGAACAACAAUUACUUCAAGCUAAUCCAAUUCUCGAGGCAUUUGGAAAUGCUAAAACUGUUAAGAAUGACAACUCUUCAAGAUUUGGUAAAUUUAUUCGUAUAAACUUUGAUGCUUCCGGUUAUAUUUCUGGUGCUAAUAUUGAGACAUAUUUGUUGGAAAAAUCAAGAGCUAUACGUCAAGCAAAGGAUGAGAGAACAUUCCAUAUCUUUUAUCAGUUACUUGCUGGAGCAAAUGCUGAGCAACGUGAGAAAUACAUCCUCGAUGAUAUAAAGAGUUAUCCAUUCUUAUCAAAUGGAGUACUGCCAGUUGCUGGCGUAGAUGAUUAUCAAGAAUUCCAAGCUACAGUCAAAUCUAUGAAUAUUAUGGGAAUGACCAACGAAGACUUUAAUUCCAUUUUCCGUAUUGUCAGUGCUGUUUUGCUCUUUGGCUCAAUGAAAUUCAAACAAGAACGAAACAAUGAUCAAGCAACAUUACCAGAUAAUACUGUUGCACAAAAGAUUGCUCAUUUAUUGGGACUUAGUGUAACUGACAUGACAAAAGCAUUCUUAACGCCACGCAUUAAAGUAGGACGCGAUUUCGUUACUAAAGCUCAAACGAAAGAACAAGUCGAGUUUGCUGUUGAAGCAAUUGGAAAGGCUUGCUAUGAGAGACUUUUCAAAUGGCUCGUGAAUCGCAUUAAUCGCUCGCUUGACAGGACAAAGCGUCAGGGUGCUUCAUUCAUCGGUAUCCUCGAUAUGGCUGGUUUUGAAAUCUUUGAGCUCAACUCUUUCGAACAACUUUGUAUAAAUUAUACUAAUGAAAAGUUACAACAGCUCUUCAAUCACACAAUGUUUAUUCUGGAGCAAGAAGAAUACCAGCGUGAAGGAAUCGAAUGGAAAUUUAUCGACUUUGGUCUCGACUUGCAGCCAACAAUUGAUUUGAUUGAUAAACCAGGCGGAAUUAUGGCUUAUCUGGAUGAAGAGUGUUGGUUCCCGAAAGCAACUGAUAAGUCAUUCGUUGAAAAAUUGACAACAGCACAUCAUCAACACCCGAAAUUUGUUAAAACUGAUUUUCGUGGCGUUGCCGAUUUUGCAGUUGUUCAUUAUGCUGGCAAAGUCGACUAUUCAGCUGCUAAGUGGUUAAUGAAAAAUAUGGAUCCACUGAAUGAGAAUAUUGUGCAAUUAUUGCAAGCUUCACAAGAUCCUUUUGUCAUUCAAAUCUGGAAAGAUGCGGAAAUAGUCGGAAUGGCACAACAAUCUGCAUUAAAUGAUACACAAUUCGGAGCUCGAACCCGUAAAGGAAUGUUCAGAACUGUCUCACAUUUAUAUAAAGAACAAUUGUCAAAAUUGAUGGAUACAUUGAGAAAUACAAAUCCAAACUUUGUUCGUUGUAUUUUACCGAAUCAUGAGAAGCGUGCUGGUAAAAUUGAGGCACAACUUGUACUUGAUCAAUUGCGCUGUAAUGGGGUUUUAGAAGGAAUUCGUAUUUGCCGUCAAGGUUUCCCUAAUAGGAUUCCAUUCCAAGAAUUCCGUCAACGUUAUGAACUCUUGACACCAAAUGUCAUUCCAAAAGGUUUUAUGGAUGGAAAGAAGGCUUGCGAAAAAAUGAUUCAAGCACUUGAACUUGAUGGAAAUUUAUUCCGUGUUGGGCAGUCUAAAAUCUUUUUCCGAGCCGGUGUUUUGGCACAUCUUGAAGAAGAACGUGACUAUAAAAUCACCGAUUUGAUAGUAAACUUCCAAGCAUUCUGUCGUGGAUUUUUAGCACGCAGAAAUUAUCAGAAACGUUUACAGCAAUUAAAUGCCAUCAGAAUUAUUCAACGUAAUUGUGCUGCUUAUCUUAAAUUGCGAAACUGGCAAUGGUGGCGUUUGUAUACAAAAGUAAAGCCAUUAUUGGAAGUAACAAAGCAAGAAGAAAAACUCGUUCAAAAAGAAGAUGAAUUGCGUCAAAUACGCGAAAAAUUGGAUAGUCUGUCAAAAGCUACUACCGAUUAUGAGAAAAAGUAUCAAAAUGCGAUAGAAGAAAAGACACACUUGGCUGAGCAAUUACAAGCUGAAAUUGAAUUAUGUGCUGAAGCUGAGGAGAGUAGAAUGCGUUUGGCAUCAAGAAAGCAAGAACUAGAAGAAAUGAUGCAAGAUUUAGAAACACGUGUCGAGGAGGAAGAAGAAAGGGUUAUUUCACUUAAUAAUGAAAAGAAAAAAUUACAAUCAAAUAUACAGGAUUUAGAGGAACAGCUUGAAGAAGAAGAGGCAGCAAGACAAAAGUUACAGCUUGAAAAAGUACAACUUGAUGGAAAGAUUAAAAAGUACGAAGAGGAUUUAGCAUCAACUGAUGACCAGAAUCAGAAAUUAUUAAAGGAAAAGAAAGUUCUCGAGGAACGUGCCAAUGAUUUAUCACAAACUCUCGCCGAAGAGGAAGAAAAGGCCAAACAUUUAGCCAAAUUAAAGGUUAAACAUGAAGCUUCGAUUGCUGAAUUAGAAGAACGUUUAAGAAAGGAUCACCAGCAGAGACAGGAAUCGGAUAGAACUAAGCGAAAAAUUGAGUCAGAAGUAGCUGAUUUGAAGGAACAAUUAAAUGAAAAACGCAUUCAAGUUGAGGAAAUUCAGCAACAUUUACUUAAACGUGAGGAAGAACUGACAACAACUUUGUUGAGAAUCGACGAGGAAUCUGCCGCUAAAGCAAAUGCACAAAAAUUACAGCGUGAAUUGGAAUCGCAAUUAAUUGAAAUCCAAGAAGAUUUAGAAGCUGAAAAGGCAGCUCGUGCAAAGGCAGAAAAACAGAAGCGCGAUCUUAAUGAAGAAUUGGAGGCACUUAAGAAUGAACUACUUGAUUCUUUAGAUACAACUGCUGCACAACAAGAAUUGCGUUCAAAGCGAGAGCAAGAAGUUGCGUCGUUAAAGAAAGCUCUCGAAGAGGAAACGGGUAAUCAUGAAAGUCACUUACAAGAUAUGCGUCAUAAGCAUACACAGGAAUUGACAACAAUCAAUGAACAGCUCGAGAAUUUCAAAAAAACUAAAAUGGGCUUGGAAAAACAAAAGCAAACACUCGAGGCAGAAAAUGCUGACUUAACAACAGAAUUGCGUAAUGUCAAUCAAUCGCGUCAAGAAAAUGAUAGGCGGCGUAAACAGGCUGAACAGCAGUUCUCAGAAGUUCAAAUGAAAUAUGCAGAACUUGAGCGUAUGAGAUCAGAAAUGCAAGAAAAAAUGGCAAAAUUGCAACAAGAAUCAGACUCUUUGACACAGCAAUUAGAAGAAGCAGAAACAAAAGCAUCAGCAGCUAUAAAAUCAGCCAGCACUAUCGAAAGUCAAUUAUCAGAAUCACAGCAAUUGCUUGAGGAAGAAACCAGACAAAAAUUAGCUCUCAGUUCUAAAUUACGUCAACUUGAAAGUGAAAGAGAGGCAUUACAAGAGCAAUUAGAGGAAGAUAUGGAAGCUAAAAAGGGAUAUGAAAAGAAAAUGUCUGAAUUAACGUUCCAAAUGCAAGAAAUGAAGAAGAGAGCUGACGAAGAAUCCGAUUUCAUCAAGGAACUCGAAGAAUCGAAGAAAAAACUCAGCAAGGAUGUCGAAACAUUACAACGACAAAUACAAGAACUUCAAGUCGCUAAUGAUCGUCUCGAUAAGAGCAAAAGGAAGCUCCAAUCUGAGCUCGAAGAUGCCACAAUUGAAUUGGAAGCUCAACGAACAAAAGUAUUGGAAUUGGAGAAAAAACAAAAAGUCUUUGACAAAGUUAUAUCUGAAGAAAAGGCUGUCAGCGAACAAUAUGCUCAAGAACGUGAUGCUGCUGAAAGGGACGCACGUGAAAAGGAAACAAAAGUCUUGUCACUUACCCGCGAACUUGAUGAAGCUUAUGAAAAGAUUGAAGAUUUGGAAUCAAAAAGAAAAGUCUUGCAAAAUGAAUUGGAUGAAUUGGCAAACAAUCAGGGAACUGCCGAUAAAAAUGUCCACGAAUUGGAGAAAGCAAAACGUGCACUUGAGAGUCAAUUAGCUGAAUUAAAGGCACAAAAUGAAGAAUUAGAAGAUGAUUUACAGCUCACAGAAGAUGCCAAGUUACGUCUGGAGGUAAAUACACAAGCACUUCGUACACAAUUCGAGCGUGAUUUACAGGCAAAGGAGGAACAAGCUGAAGAAAAACGCCGUGGAUUAAUGAAGCAAUUGCGUGACUUAGAAACAGAACUUGAGGAAGAAAGGAAACAACGAACAGCUGCUGUUGCUGCUAAGAAAAAAUUAGAAGGAGAUUUAAAGGAUGUUGAAGCAACAUUAGAAAUGAAUAAUAAAGUUAAAGAGGAUGCCUUGAAACAAGCCAAGAAACUUCAAGCACAAAUGAAAGAUGUCAUUAGAGAGGCAGAGGAUGCAAAGGCAGCUAAAGAGGAACUUGCUGCGCUUAGUAAAGAAGCUGAACGAAAAAUUAAAGUGCUUGAGGCUGAAGUCAUACAAUUAACUGAAGAUUUAGCUAGUUCCGAAAGGGCACGUCGUGCUGCUGAGGCUGAACGUGAUGAACUACAAGAAGAAAUCAAUAGUAAUUCAAGCAAAGGAUCUUUAAUGAUUGACGAAAAGAGACGUUUAGAAGCACGUAUUGCUGCACUCGAAGAGGAAUUAGAAGAGGAACAGUCAAAUUCAGAAAUUCUUGUCGAUCGUAAUCGUAAAGCUCAAUUAAGUAUUGAACAAGUAACAACAGAAUUGGCGACAGAAAAGUCAAAUUCACAGAAACAUGAAAAUGCCAGAACAUUACUCGAACGUCAAAAUAAAGAUUUAAAAGCAAAAUUGGCAGAGAUUGAAACAACGCAACGUACAAAAAUAAAGGCUCAAGUCUCGGCUCUGGAAGCAAAGAUCGGUAAUUUGGAAGAACAACUGGAAAAUGAAGCUAAAGAGAGACUAGUCCAACAGAAAAACAACCGCAAAUUAGAGAAGAAAAUUAAAGAAUUGACAAUGAAUAUUGAAGACGAGCGCAGACAUGCUGACUCAUAUAAAGAACAAAUCGAAAAGUUGAAUAACCGAAAUAAGAUACUUAAACGCAAUCUUGAUGAAGCCGAAGAAGAAAUCCAGAAAGAAAAGACACAAAAGCGAAAAGCACAACGCGAUAUGGAGGAUAUGCUGGAAUCACAAGAAUCACUUAAUCGCGAAUUGAAUACAUUGAAAUCAAAAUUAAGACGCGGCGCUGGUAGCUCAUCUAUGAAUUUCAGUACUGCGGGACGUCUAUCAACACCCAAACGCGGCAGUGACGAUAGUUCCAUUCAAGACGAAUCGAUGGAUGGUGAAGAAUCAAAGCUUGAAUGAAAGCACAAGAAAAAGUUCUAAGGAGCUAGCCUUUUUUUUAUAAAACUAUUAUUUAAUAUUAUUAAAAAGUUAUUAUCAUUUUCAUUUAGCGCAUUUCUCUGUUUAUCAAAAGAAAAAUUAAGGAAAAAGUUUCCCAAUUAUAAAGUUAAUAAAUUUUCACAAUGCGAGAAUUUAUCAUUAAAAAAAAUGUUUAAUCCACAAUUCAGUUAUUCACGAAUUCCUUUUAAUAAGCUCCAUGAGUUCAUUUAAUGAGCCACAAAGGAGAUGUGUUUCGCGUCAUGCAUGAAAGUAUUUUUGUUUAUUAGUAAAGUGCCAUUUUUGAAAUUUCAAUGAAACAUGAAAAUUCUUCAAAGUUAUCAAGAAGCGAAUUGGGAAACCUAAUAAGUGAGCCAACAAUAAAAAGGGUUAAUCAUAAAUUACGUCUAUCAAAAUUUGUUUUUAAAGGGUUUUUGAAAAUUCAAAAAGGAAUGUCAAAAUAUAUUUGAAUUACGAUUUCCGAAAAUCGAAUUCAAAAUUUUAAAAACCUUUAUUUUCACUUGCUGAAAUUUGAAUUUAAAUGAUAGACGUAAACAGCUUCCAUAAAAGGAUCGAAAGAAAUUUUUUGUAUAUCUUUAUAUUUAAACUGCAAAAGCAAAUAAUUAUAAAAAAAUAAUAACAAUAUAAUGUUAAUCAAUUAACCAAUUCAAUAAAAAAGAGAGAUGAAAAAAAAUUUUGGUACAGUGACUAACUCGAUGGGGAAAAAAAUGUCAUUUUAUACAUAUAUACUAGAUACAUUUAUAGGCCUACAUGCAUUUUUAUAUAUCUACAUUAUUACUUCUUGUUUCUGCUUAAUUUUUUACAUAAAAAUUAAUUAAAAUAUGAAACAAAAAAUCAAAAAACAUUUACUUAAGUUCCAUUUUGAAAAAAUUAUGUCGAUUAAUAGUGAUUAUCGAGGUUGGCAGCAUUUUCCCGAUAAUCCUCAACAUUUUUUUACAAGGAAGGGACAAUCGCUUACAAUACACACACACAUACUUUUUAUUACGAUUAUAAUUUUAUAAUAUAUUGAAAAAAAUGGUAUUUUUUACUAACUUGUUUAAUUACAUUUUAAGAACUGAAAUUUUUGUAUUGUUAAAAAUUCCUUCUCUUUUUGAUGCAUUAUAAUAAAAAUGAAAUAUCAACAUUCUUUAUAGAAAAAUA